AUGUUGGUGAUGUUCGGUGCCCUGAAGACUUCGCAGGGGGCAACCCUGACACUCCUCGACGAAACCUUCGAUGGCAGCACCCAGUUCCAGAUCUCCAGCGAAUUCUUCUCGGACACAGCCGAUGACUUUUUUGGCAUCCUCAAUGCUGACGGCAUAACAGGUCUCUUUAGCGGGGGACCUGGGGAUGUGUCAAGCGCUUUGCCGGGGACCGAACCUUUCGUGGUGAGCAGCAGUUUCCAGGUCUCCGGCUUUGACAAUGCCUACUUGGUCGCUCAAGAUCUCGAUGGCGAGGGGGGCCCGAAAGAGGUGACGGUCACUUGGGAGAACCUGGAUAUCUCGGGCUGUGCCCCCGACUCUCUUCGUUUUGCAGGAAAGUUUGCCACGGACGAUGCAAUCGACGGCGAUUUCGACUUCGACGCUGCUGACUUCGUCAGGAUCUUGGCAUCUCUGGAUGCCGGUUCCGACACGCUCGUGUUGGAAUGGUCGAUCAAUGGAUCGGGCGCUUCUUUCAACAAACAGCCCAGGCUGACAGACGACACCAACACAUCUCUCACGUCCACUGCCCAGGAGGUUCAGAGAAGCAUUCCCGGAAGUGGGACGAGCAUGACCUUGAAGUUGGUGAUCAGCCUGGAUUCCGGCGACGAGGACAUU